GCCGGAUGGGCAGCACCAUGGAGCCCCCCGGGGGGGGGUACCUGCACCUGGAGGCCGUGGCAUCCCCGGUGGGCACGGCCCGGGCGCUGCAGCUGCUCUUCGGCUGUGCCACCUUCAGCCUGGUGGCCCACCGGGGGGGCUUCGAGGGCGCGCAGGGCACCUUCUGCAUGGCCGCUUGGGGCUUCUGUUUCGCCCUCUCGGGCCUGGUGGUGGCCUGUGAGUUCACCCGGCUGCACAGCUGUCUGCGCCUGUCCUGGGGCAACUUCACGGCGGCCUUCGCCAUGCUGGCCACGCUGCUGUCCGCCACGGCCGCCGUCAUCUACCCGCUGUACUUCACGCGGCUGGACUGCCCGCCCGAGCCGGCCGGCUGCACAGCCAGGGACUUCCGCCUGGCCGCCAGCGUCUUCGCCGGGCUGCUCUUCCUGGCCUACGCCGUCGAGGUGGCCCUGACCCGGGCCCGGCCCGGCCAGGUGGCCAGCUACAUGGCCACCAUGUCGGGGCUCCUCAAGAUCGUCCAGGCCUUCGUGGCCUGCAUCAUCUUCGGGGCGCUGAUCCAUGACAGCCGCUACGGGCGCUACGUGGCCACCCAGUGGUGCGUGGCCGUCUACAGCCUGUGCUUCCUGGCCACGGUGGCCGUGGUGGCCCUGAGCGUGCUGGGCCACACGGGGGGCCUGGGCUGCCCGUUCGAGCGGCUGGUGGUGGUGUACACCUUCCUGGCCGUGCUCCUCUACCUCAGCGCCGCUGUCACCUGGCCAGUCUUCUGCUUCGACCCCAAGUACGGGGAGCCCCGGCGGCCCCCCAACUGUCGGGCCGGAGACUGCGCCUGGGACAGCCAGCUGGUGGUGGCCAUCUUCACCUACGUCAACCUGCUGCUCUACGUGGCUGACCUCGCCUACUCCCAGCGGAUCCGCUUCGUGGCCGCCCUUUAGCCUGGCAG